AUGAGUCCUCGGGGGUGGUUUCACGCCCAAUCCAACCCUAAUAUAUUUCAAUUUAACUGCCUCUCCCUCUCCUCCUCACUCUCUCACAAUUCUCUCUUCUCUCAUCUCUCGGCGAGCGGUGUAAGAAAGAUGGCGCCUUCGAGGAAGCAAUCAGCAGCCAAGAGCAAGAGCAAGCCUUUGACUCUCUCUGCGAACACUAAGGUUCGCAAUUGCCGUGAAUAUGGCGAAGACUUGGUGGGUUCAAAGGUUAGAGUUUGGUGGCCGAAAGACCGCGAAUUCUACAAGGGUUCGAUUGACUCAUUUGACUCUUCCAAGAAGAGGCACAAGGUUCUGUAUGAUGAUGGUGAAGUGGAGGUCUUGGACAUGAAGAGGCAGAAGUGGGAGCUCGUUGAAUCUGAUGAUGAUAAGGAGGACAAGAUUGCCAAGCAGGAGGAUUCUGGUGAUGAGAGCUCUGACUCUGAGGCCACCCCUGAACCGGUUGUCAGGAAGAAUGCAAAAAGGAAUGGCAAGGCUGCUGUUGAAGAGAAGCCGAAGAAGAAGAGUGUGGCCAAGAAGGCUGAGAAAGCGAAAGCUGUUGUGAAGCCAACCCCAAAGGCUGGAAAGAAGCCGGAAGCUGAGAAGAAUGGGAAAAUGGGAGAUGUUGGUGGGAAGAUUGUUGCUGCUGCCUCACGCAUGAGUGGGAGGCUUGUGACCAAGGAGAAUGGCAAGGCCAAAGAGACAUCCAAGCCCGUGAGGUCCAAGACGAAGGCUUUGGUGAAGCCGAGACCGAACAAGUCCUCCAAGGCAACCCAGACAGACAACAGUGACGAUGCUGUUGAUGCUUCGUCUGAAGAUGAGGCCAUUGAAGCCAGCAAGCAGGUUGCUGUUUCAAACAAGCGGAAGCAGAAGAGGCCUUCUUCAUCUGCAGCAGAGGCCGUCGUCCCUAAGAAGCGGAGGACUUCCUCCACAAAGGUCGAGAGCGACAAAUCUGACGAGGAAGAAGGUGGUUCAGCUGAUGAAGAGGACGGCGAGGGUUCAUCUGACGAGGAAGACAAGCCCCUGGCUGAGUUUAUGAAGAAAACACCACAGGCAGUGGAAGCUUUGAAGGAGAAACUGAAGGGGAUGAAGGAGAAGGCAGCAGAAGGAAGUUCCGAGGCUGAAGAGGACGCUGAAGCUGGAGAGGAAGCUGAGGAGGAGGCUGAAGCUGAGGAGGAAGCUGAGAAGGAGGCUGAAGCUGAAGAGGAAGCUGGGAAGGAGGCUGAAGCUGAAGAGGAGGCUAAAGAAGAGUCUUCUUAG